CAGGUGGCGGCGCUUCGGUGGUUGCUAGGUGACGGAGGGGGGGCACGGGCGGACGGAAAAUGGCGGGGGGAGAUCCCGGUGCCGGCGGCGGUGAUUGGGCUCACCCUCUCGCCCUCCCGGUCUCCUCGGAGAGCUCGCUGGCUGUGCUCUUUAACUGUAUUUUGGAUGGGAUUUUCUUUUUCUUCGUUGCCGUCUAUAGAAAUUGAUGAAUAUUUUUAGUGCUGAGGCUCCAUCUGCCACCAGAUGUCUUUCUGCCUGACUGAGAUGUUUCUGUGGUCUUUGAAGACUAACUUACAUAUUAGAGAUGAAGAUAUUGGGAUCCACCAGUACCAUGACAAGAAAGAAUCAGCAUCACAGAUGAAGCAUGGUUACUUAGAAGAGAAGCAAAAGCUAGGAGAAUCUCGAGAUUAUCCUUGGAUGCUGAAAAACAAGCGACCAGACAAACUGCGAGAUACACUCAAGGAGGUAGAGGACUUAAUGCAAAACAGUCAGUGUCUGCUGAGCAAAUGGAAGAACAAACAUAUCUGUCAGCUCCUCUUUCACUCAGGUAUAUUGGUGUCCCUAAGCCUUUCUGGGCCACAGCUGGAGAAAGCGGUGAUUGACAGGACCCUGGUGGGGAAGCUCAUCUCCGACACCAUCAGUGAUGCUGUUCUUACAGACAAUUUCAUCAUCUUGUCAUUUGAGGACCAUAACCAACUCUGCUUUAUUCAGUUUACAAAGAAGAUGGAUUCUCCUGAUGUAAACAAAAGACUGGAAAAACUCUCUUGUUUGGACUUUAAGAUAUCUUACAUUGAUAUACAUGGACCAGAAGGUAGAAGGAUGAAACGUCACCUGGCAAUUAACUGUAUGCAAGAUAUGGUCAUUUGCUGGUGGUCAGCAACUAGUGAUGGAGCAUGGCCUUGGUCUCCUAUUUCCUGUGAGAGGGACAGAGCCAACCUAUUGCUAUUAGGCUGUGCACAUGGCAAAUUGGAGGUUCUGAGUUAUGUCCGUACCGAAUGGGAUCCACUCGAUGCUAGGUUCAGCACUAAUCAGCCUUAUCAGGUUUACACAGUAGAGCACUCCGUCUCUGCAGACAAAGAGCCCAUGGCUGACAGCUGCGUCUACAAGUGUGUUAGGAACAAAAUUCAGUGUGCGGCCGUCACCCGAAUACCACUACGCUCCAAGGCCAUCAGCUGUUGCAGAGACGCUACAGAAGACAAACUAGUCCUGGGUUGUGAAGAUUCCUCAAUAAUUCUGUAUGAAGCCUACAACCAAGCAACUCUGUUAGCUCAAGCAGAGCUGCUGCCUGUUUCAAUAACCUACCACCCUUCUGGAGCCAUAUUUGUGGCUGGCAGCUCUCAAGGGGAGCUGCAACUUUUUGACACGGCACUGUCCCCAAUUAAAAUUCAGCUCUUGGCACAAGACUAUUCACCUGAGGCAACUCUGCAAUUCGGUAAACACUUUGACGUGCCUAGCAGCCUCAUCCAGAUCCAGUGGGCUGCUCCUGAAGUUGCAUCUGCCAGCGCUGAGAGCUCAGAUAUUCAUGAUCUUUUGUUGGUUAGAUUCGACAAAGGACCCCUAGGAGUACUUCACUUUAAACUUAGUGUGAUCACAAGAGGACAGCUGGGCCUUGUGGAAAUCAUCCACCAGUACAUUCGUUAUGAUGAGAUACAUGAGGCAAUUAAUGUCCUCAACACCAUGAACUGGAACACGAUGGGUCGUCAGUGCUAUGUAUGCUUGAGUGCCAUUGUCAAUCACCUUCUUAAACAAAAGCUUACACCAGCCAGAGAAGCUCAGCUUGAGGCAAGCCUUGGAACCUUUUAUGCUCCAACAAGACCCCUCUUGGAUUCAACCGUGCUGGAGUACAGGGACCCCAUCAGCAGAUAUGCAAGAAGGUUCUUCCACCACCUGCUCAGAUACCAGAGAUUUGAAAAAGCAUUUCUGCUAGCUGUUGACAUAGGUGCUCGGGACCUGUUUAUGGACAUCCAUUACCUUGCACUAGAUAACGGUGAAUUGGCACUAGCUGAAGUGGCAAAGAAAAAGGCUAAUGACAUUGAUGCGGAAUCAAUAACUACUGGAAUUGAACUUCUGGGGCAGUCAGAAGAAGAAGGUGCGUCUGGCGAAGCUUUCAUUGACCGACCUUCAGAGCACGGAGGAGACCACAACCCGCCUGCUCCUGGUCCAGCUGUCAGAACACCAGCACACAGCUGCACCCACAGCUUGACCGCGUUUGCUUGUGCCAGCCCAGGUGGGUCACCAAAAGUUGCUGAGCCUCACCAGCGGCUGCUUGCAAUCGCUGGAGCUACAGAAACUGCUGGGAUUUCCCGAGGCUUUUGUUUGCUUCUUGCAGGUCGGUGAGUAUAAAGCCAGCUCCCCACCCACGCCACCAGCUCCUCCGCCUGCUGACACCCGUUGCUUGCAAGCUGACCUCCCCCAGGUGCGCCCAGAGUUUUUGGUUGCCUCUUGCAGAGCUGUGAAAGAAAACUUCUCACUGCUCCCCUGGCUGGCCUCAGCGGCUUGAAGCCUGCCAACAUGAACCGAAGUUUUGAAGGCACUCCCUGUGACAAUGCCAGCUGGCUGGUAAGGUCACCUGCUGAGGCACAGGUGACUCCAACAACCUCUUCUCUGUGCUUAAAAAAAAAACAAACCACAGACGCUUACAAGCAUGUAACUGUGGCUUGUGUUUGGCCUCCAGUUUCACAGCAUUUGUUUUCUAUAAUGUAUCUGCUGCCAAGUGUGCAUCAGGCUUCUUCAUGUGAAGAAAUUUGUGUAAAGGAAGGAAGGGUUUGAGUGUUCGGAGCCUGCAUAAAUAGGAACGUUCUCAAUUUGCAGUCAUUGCAAUGCUGCUUCUCUCUGGCCACUAUUGGGGCUUUAGACUAUGAUUAAUGGGAUGGAAUGCCGGAUUCUGCACCAAGGACGGAGUAAUGCUGGGCACAAGUAUAAAUGGGGAGAGGACUGGCUGGAGAGCAGCCCUGCAGAAAGGGAUCUGGGCGUGCUGGCUGGCAGAAGACUCAAUAGGAGCCAGCAGUGUGCCCUGGUAGCCACAAGGGCAACCCGCAUCCUGGGGUGCAUCAAACACAGCAUAACCAUCUGGUCAAAAGAGGUGAUUAUCCCACGGUACUCAGCAUUGGUUCAGCCUCAUCUGGUGUCCUGUGUGCAGUUCUGGGCCUCAUCAUUUAAAAAGGAUGUGACAGUCCUUGAAUGUGUCAAGAGGAGGACACCAAAGCUGGUGAAGGAGCCAGAAGGCAUGUCCUCUGAGGAGCGGCUAAUUGUCUGGUUUGGAGAAAAGAAGUCUGAGGGGGGACCUCGUUGCUCUCUGCAGCUUCCUGAGGAGGGGACAUGGAGAGGGAGGUACUGAGCUCUUCUUCUGGGGAUCCAGCACCAGCAUGCAUGGGAACGGUUCACAGCUGCACCAGGGGAGGUUCAGACUUGACAUUAGGAAGCAUUUCUUUACUGAGAGGGUGGUCAAACACUGGAACAGGCUUCCUAGAGAGGUGGUCGAUGCCCCAAGCCUGUCAGUGUUUCAGAGGCAUUUGGACAAGGCCCUUAAAAACACGCUUUAA